AUGGCGGAAAUGCUGUCCUUUGGUGAUGUGGCCAUUGAGUUCUCUCCAGAAGAGAGGGAAUGCUUGGCGCCUGCUCAGUGGAAUUUGUACAGGGACGUGAUGUUGGAGACUUACAGCCACCUUGUGUUCCUGGGUCUUGCUGUGUCUAAGCCACAGCUGGUGACAUUUCUGGAACAAAGACAAGGACCUACAGAUGUGCAGAGAGGAGCAGCCGCCACUGUGCUUCCAGGUGUGUAG